CCUGCCAGCUUCUUUUCAUACUCCAUGACUGAUCAUCAAAGUCAAUGGGUUUUGACAAGAUUGAGUCCUUCUGGCGCCGAAAAGAGUGUGACGAGGACCCCCCCGGUCGAGAGGCUGCGCGCUCUCGCGCAGCCAACGUCGACCUCGAUCGAUUGAUGGAACAGUUUUCUGGGCUCAAAGGAUCCAGAGUUCAGGCAGACCCGUAGAGCAAACUCACUCUACACUUCCAUCCAUUUUCAUGAUGAUCUGGCUGCGUGUGGCGGCCUUCUCCGCUGUGGUGGCCGCCUUGGCCACAGCGACGUCGCCGUGGCAGGAAGGGGCGGCGGCGGAGAGUUGCGAGAACGACUGUGGUCAGGGACUCUUCCAGAAGUCUUUGGCGCGCGUGGGCCAGGGCCGGUCGAUGCAAGCGACCAACCCCCUGGACAAGCGGGUCUAUCUGAUCAUGUGUUGGCACAAGUCUGGCAGCAACCUCAUUCGGAACACCAUGCGUUGGAUCUUUGAUCUGCUGGGCGUGACCGACGCAUGCAGGUCAGCGAGGGCUAGAGGGCGGAGGGAGACGGACGAGGGCGGAGGGAGACGGAGAUGGGGAGAGGGCGAGGGAGAGAUUGUCU